AUGGCCGACUUUAUUGCAAAGAAGCGCGAAAUGUUCCUCGUCCAGAUGUCGCUCGACACCAAGCGAGAAGAGAUCCGGAAACUCGAGGAGAAGGCGCAGCUCAAAGAAGAGGCGCUCAAGAAGAGCGAGCUCAUGCUCGAGGAAGACGCGGUGCGCUUCGACACGUUUCUGAAAGAGAACGACAAGAAAGCGCACGAAGCCAUCAAGAAGGCCGAGAAGGAAACGAAAGCCAAGGCCGACCGCGUCCAGGAAAUCAAAAAGCUCAACCAGCAGAUCCAGCUCGUGCAAAGCGACAUGUCCAAGCUCAAGGAGCAGCUCGACGACUGCCUGAAAUACAAGGCGUUUCUCGACGAGCUCACGCCGCCCGAGUGGGAGGCCGAGCAAAUGGAGCGGAAGAAAAAGCGGCAGCAAGAUCGCCUUCGGAAGAAGAAGGCCAAGGCCAUGGCCGAGUGGGAGGUGAUUCGUGCGCGGGCGCUCGCCGAGCAAGAGGAGCGGGACCGCGCGGCCGAGCGGGUCGCCGAGAAGGACGGCAAGACCAAGAAAAAAGCCGACAAACCAAAGCCCGCGAUCGCAUCGAGCACGGUGCCGCCCAUGCCCGCUAUCGACGACAUGGUGGCUACGAGCAGCGGCGAAGAGCUGCCCAUGUACUUUCAAAACCCGCAGCAGCUGCUCGACAUCUUUACGGCGCUCGAAGAGAGCAAUUUGUUUCUAAUUCAGAACAGCCAAGAGACCGAGCAGUCGCUCGAAGAGCUCAAGCAAAACUACCGCGAGACCAAGAAAAAGAUGAACAAGAAGACGCAAGUGCUCAAACAAAACAUUGACGAGCUCCGCGACCAAAUCAACGGCGAGGACGAGAAAGCGAAUCACCUCCGGCAGCGAGCGAUGGCCGGCACGGGCGAGAAUGUCCAAGAACGCAUGCUUCAAGAGCUUCACGACAAGGUCCUCGAAGUGUACCAGCGCUGCGGGUUCGAAGCCGACUCGAACCCGAACACGCUCUUUAUGCUCACGGACCUCGAGGCGCGGCUCGAGGAUUUGCUCAGCGCCAUCGAGCACAUGCCCGAAGACUACGUGGUCAAAGCCGAAAAAGAAAAAGAAAAGGAGCGCCGCGAGCGCGUCCGUCAAGAGCGCAUUGCGCAGCAGACCAAGAUGUACGAAGAGCGCAUGAAGAAAUCCAUGGAGCGCAGCAUGCAAGCGCCCAAGAAGCGCAAGGGCCGCCAAGUCAUGUGGCGGUCGCAACCGCAGCGCCAGAUCAAGCAACAAGACAACGACAACCACGUCAACGACGACGACCAAGCCGACCAACAACACUUUCGGUGGUGA